ACAAAACCCUAUGACAGCAAACACAGUGAUACUCAGAUGUAGAAGUAGACCUGCGCCCAUGUUGAAAGCAUCCUGUUUCUGUGUGCCACGAUGCUGACUCGAUUGCUUCUACUUCUCUGUCUGACAGGACAUGUGUUUGCGAAAGAAUUGACUGAUGUGGACUGUUUGGUGGUGAAUCUGAAAUAUGUUCACUGUUCCUGGAAUAAGCAGGGGACUCCAGAGGUCAAUUACACCUUCUACAGCGGGUUCCGCAAUGUCAAAGAACUCAGUGAGUGCACCACCUAUCUGUUAGAGAACUCCACAAACAUCGGAUGUAACCAGCCGUAUGGCGAUGCACUCGACAGGUUCAAGACAUUUUACACCAAAUUGGUACAUGGCAACAACAAUUCUCAGAAGGAGCAUGAACUUAAAACAAAAGUCAAGUUAAAUCCACCAACCAACCUGACUGUCAAGAAUGAAUCCGACUCUAAUCUGUGGAUCUACUGGAACCAGACUAUUACACAUUGUGUGGAGAGUGAGGUUCGUGUCAGGACCAACAACAAGAAGUGGGAGACUUCUAAAAUCAGUACUGGGAAGCAGAAUUACUGCAUCAACUUGCCCUCCAGAAGUUCCCAAUAUGAGAUUCAAGUGCGGAGCAAGAUAGGGAACAACUGUGGAGAGUCUAUAUUCUGGAGUGACUGGAGUGAGCCUGUAGUCUGGGGAUCCAACAGCAGCACAGACACUACUCAAAGGAAUGGUUCAAUGUCUGUGUGGACCCCAGUGCUGUGUGUGGGGGGUGUUCUCACCCUCAUCCUCAUGGUCAUGACAUUGCUGCACCAUGAAAGGCUCAGAAUCAUCCUCAUCCCCAUGGUUCCCAAGCCAUCCCUGAUCCCUGACGACAUCGAGGAUUGGCUUCAACUCUCCAAAGGCCUGAAAGAGAGUUUUAAGGCUAACUACAAUGAGCGUGCCUGUCCUGUCCGCGAGUACUGCCCUAUCUCCCAGUCCGACAGCGAGAGCUCCGGCAGCUCAUCCUUCUCUGUCACCACUGACCAAACCGACUGCUCCGUCUUCAUCCCUGUGGAAGAGCCAGACCUGUCUACCCUCUGCUCCUCUUCCACCUCCGCAGUUCCCGUCUCGUCUGAGGAGGUGGAGCAGGUUUCUGUUUAGGAGGCAUCUCAGUGAGGGUUGUGUUCCCCAAAACUUUACAAUCCAGACUUUCUUAUAUUGACACAUCUCCUGCAUGACUGCAAGGAUUAGAAAACUGUUUGAAGCAAUUAAAAGCAAUGAUUAAAUUAAAUUUAUUAAUGUUUUAGGAACAUCCAACUCAUGACAAUUUAAAAUAUAUCUAAUCUAAAAUAUAGCCUAUAUUACAGAGUUGUCAACUGCUUUGAGUUCCCCUCACAUAUCAGACAAAGGGCAUUUAAAACGUCCACUUCCUCUCAUCUCUUACAAUCUCUGGUUUAAGCAACAGCAAUAAAAGUCAGUUAUUCCUUAAGCAUAAAGUUUAUUAUGAGAGAUAAAUAUUUUUGUUGUGUUUUGUACCAAGUGAAAAUAUGGAUUUAGUAUUGUGGGGAGUCUUCAGUUCAGCGGCAUUGAGCUCUACUGUUUUUGCUGACUUACUUGCUUACUUAGGAGAUAUUUACUUAUAAGUAGUAAAUAUAUGAAUAUAUUGUACAUUAAGGUUUACAUUUAAGGUUUGGACUUAAGUGUGCAUGAGGAAUAUAAUAUCCAAAGUGUUUCUGAAGAACUGACAUCAAUCCAAAACCCAGCUUCACUAUGUUGAUAACAGGAAUUGUAACUUCAGCAGAGCAGCAAUGUUCUUGAGGAAAAGCCACAUUAAAAUUAUGUUAAAAUAUGUUUUAUUAUUCUGCCUAAAUUGAGCUUAGCAAUGUGGUAUUGAUGUUUAUUGAUGUGGAUAUUUGUCAUAUAUUUAACCUUUUGUAAGACAUUAUGUAAUGAAACACACCCAUGUGCAUAAAUCAAUGUGUGUAAGUUGUAUCUUAUAAACUGUUGGCUUUAUUAAUGGUUAAAAAUAAUUUACUAAUGGUUAGAAAAUAAUGAAUGGUUAAAAAAAUCACUUACUAAAGCUGUAUCUGUUACUUAUCAACAUUUCUAAAUGCAGACUGGAUGUCUUACUAGAAAGCAAGAAACCCAUUAAUAUCUAUUGAUGGAUUAUUAAAUUUAUAACUGCAUUGUUACCAAAUAGAAAGGAUAAAAGUCAGCCAAAGGGAGUUUUCACAACCUGGCAACCCAAAAUGUUUUUUUAUUAAGGUCUUCCAAUUGAUCAUUAGUAAAUAAUUUAUUAUGAAUUAAUUACGCCACUAGUUACUAUAAACCCUGUAAUAAAAGGCACAUCAUUAGAAGGCGACACCACAAUAUUGCAAUACUGCAAAAUAUUGCAAAAUAGCUCUUGAAUGUUACCUAUCUAAAUAUCUUUGAACGCAGUUUUUCUAUUUGGUUGGGCGUUUUUACUUUUGUAACCUACUUGCAUUUUAGCGUUUGUGUCCUACAUCCAGUAUAUCUGUCAUAACUUUUUAUACAGUCUGUGGUCAUAACCAAGAUUGAUUCAGCUGUGUAAUCCUUGUUGUAGCUUUCUGUUUUUUGAUCAAUAAAUAUACAUUUUCGUCAAAA